AGAAUGCACGAAAUCAAAUAAUAGAGGAUCCAACAGGCGCAUGGGAAGACUCGGAUGAUGAGAAAGUUUGUGUAUCAUUACAAAGUAAAAAUAUAUUAAAAAAAUUAAGAAAGGAUGAAGAUGAGGAUGUUAUAUCCGGUGAUCAAUAUGAGAAGAGACUAAGACAACAAUUUGAGAAACUAUACCCAACGCCUAAUUGGGCCACUGUUCCUUCGAAACGAAAAAGACAAACUCAAGACAAUUCUGACUCAUCAGAUGAUGAACCACCGGAAGUGUUAGACAUUCGCAAUGAGUCUGAUACAAAUAAUCAAUUGGAUACAGCAAAAAAGUUAAUAUCAAAAAAAAAGCUUGAAGUUACAAAAAUGAAACAUGCGAAUCAACAGACUUAUUCACAAAGUGUAAUUCAAAGUAUCGCUUUUCAUCCAAAUGCACAAGUUGCCAUGACCGCUGGGUUAGAUAAAACAAUACGCUUAUUUCAAAUCGAUGGUAAAAUCAAUCCGAAAAUCCAAUCAGUCGUACUGAAAGAUCUACCCAUUUAUCGAGCAGCAUUCAACCCAAAUGGGACUGAGAUUAUUGUCACUGGACGGAAAAAAUACUUUUAUAUAUUUAAUAUUGAAGCUGGGAACAUCAACAAAUCUAACGGGAUUUAUGGGUUCCGAGAUAAAUCUCUGGAAAAUUUUUCAAUUUCUCCUUGCGGAAAAUAUAUUGUUUUUGCAGGCAGCAGUGGAUAUUUGGUUUUGGUCAGCAAUCGAACCAAGCAAUGGGUCGCAAACAUGAAAAUGAAUGGUACUGUUACAUCUGUUGAUUGGUCUAGUGAUAGUCGAUAUUUGUAUUCAGUUGGAAGUGAUGCAGAAGUAUAUCAAUGGGAUGUUAAAUCUGGGGAAAUCGGUCCACAUUAUUUUGUGCAUUACAAGGGGUGGAAAAAAACGUAUUGGGUUCCAGAAGAGAGAGUUGUAAAAUACAAUGACGCUAACUUGGCUAGACAAAAGCAACUAAAGGACACAUAUACUAAUAAGAAAAAGAAAUCUGCAAACAAAGAACGACAGAGCACCCCUUCCCAGGAACCUUUACGAUUAAUGCAAGCUCGUACAAAUAAUUUUGCACACAAUCGCCAAAAGAUUGCUAAUAGAGGCCAGCAGAAAAGUUCUUCUCCCGAGCAGCCAGAGAGCCCUAAUUCAGAUGCAAGCUCCAUUAAGCAAGAGGAUGAAGAAAUGUUAGACAUUAAAGAAGAACAUUUAGAAACAGAUAGUGAUGUUCAAGAAAAUCAAAGCCAGCCACGCACCAAAAAACGUAAAUCGAUAGACGAAGAUGAAGAUGAAGAAGAAGAAUUUAUGAAUCGUCUUGAAAUUAAAAUCUCUCUGCCUGAAUCACUAAAAUGCAGAUUGAUAGAUGAUUGGGAAAACAUCACAAGAAAUCAUGCA